GUCACCCACAUCAAGCAACAACACUUGGAAGAAAUUAAGGUAGAGAUUGGUGAUAGAACUAAGAGUCUAUAAGAGACAAUGAAAGGUGCAUAUUUCAUUUUGGGUUUCAUACUCUUAAUUUUGGCUUCCUCGUUUGCCUCUGCCUGUGACCCUAGUCCCCUCCAGGACUUCUGUGUAGCCAUCAAUGACACCAAGAAAGGAUCAGUCAUUGUGAAUGGAAAGUUCUGCAAGGAUCCGAAGCUUGCUACUGUGAACGACUUCUUUUUUUCAGGGCUAAACAUCCCAAAGAAUACGUCUAAUUCUGUCGGAUCAGUAGUUACUCCUGUAAAUGUUGACCAAAUACCAGGACUAAACACUCUUGGUAUUUCUUUAGUUCGUAUUGACUAUGCACCAAAUGGCGGGCUAAACCCACCUCACACCCACCCUCGUGGCACGGAGAUCCUUGUGGUGCUAGAAGGCACACUAUAUGUUGGAUUUGUUACAUCCAACCCAAAUAAUCGCCUCAUCUCUAAAAUCCUUUCCCCGGGAGAUGUUUUCGUCUUCCCUAUUGGCCUCAUUCACUUUCAGCAGAAUGUGGGAAAGACCAAUGCUGUUGCUUUUGCUGGUUUGAGCAGCCAGAAUCCUGGCGUGAUCACAAUAGCAAACGCUGUUUUUGGAUCAAAUCCACCCAUUAACCCUGAUGUCCUUACAGGGGCCUUCCAGCUGGAUAAAAAAGUGGUGAAGUACCUCCAGUCAAGGUUCUGAUGGGAUCGACAUAUUGAGAAAUGAUUGCAACUUUGCAACAAAGAUGAAAGGCACAACAGCAAUUUUACAUUACGUUUUAAUGGCUUUCCUUCACCACCGUAUAAUAAAUGCUUUGUCCGUAUUGACCAAUUUAGCA